ACUUCUUCAUACACCUGCCAAAAUGAUCAUCUACACGGAUAUCGUCUCCGGCGACGAGGUUCUCGCCGACACCUACAAGAUCCAGGAGGACCCCGAGAGCAAGCUCCUCUGGACCUGCGACUGCCGCAAGUACCUCAAGAAGAAGAACGAGGACUUCGAGCUCGAGGGUGCCAACCCCUCCGCUGAGGGCGGUGAUGAGGAUGCCGGUGGUGAGGGUGAGGCCGUCAUGGUCCACGACAUUGAGGACCAGUUCCGUCUCAACUGGCUCAAGACCGAGGAGGGCAUGAAGCCCUCCAAGGAUGCCUUCAAGGGUCACCUCAAGACCUACAUGAAGAAGGUCCUUGCCAGACUCACCGAGACUGGUGCCUCCAAGGAGACCAUCGAUGAGUUCAAGGCCGGUGCUCCCGCUGCCGUCAAGAAGAUCCUUGCCAACUACGACAACUACGAUGUCCUGAUGGGUCAGUCCAUGGACGGCGAUGCUAUGUACGUUUUAUCUUGCCAAUCAUCUUCUGGCUGCAACUGAAACUAACUAAUUGAAUCAGGCACAUCCUGAUUGACUUCCGUGAGGACGGUGUCACCCCCUUCGCUACCCUCUGG